GUUAUUCCAGCUGAAGAUCCCCAGCUGCACCUCAUAUUCCAUCAUGGUAAGAUCUACACCAAGCCUGUGCCAACUUGUCUGUUCAAUCAUCAAUUUUGGUCAACAUAUUUGUGCAGCCGAACCAAACACUGGGGAUCGCGCAGGACUUCAGGAAGCUUCAUGCGCAGCUAUUCAUUCUCAAUCAGGCAUCCUCUCGACUUAAAAUUAGCGAAGCAAUAUCACCUUAUUGCUGCAGAGAUCGAUUGGGUCAGAUGGUCGGAAUUUAUUGCUCGUUUCCGGGACAUUGAUGAUGAAGAGGUUUCGAAGCGCUAUCACUUUCGCCAGUUUCGAGUCUCACGGCUGAAUUGGCUUGUCCGA